AUGGCGGGAGCUCAGAAUGAAAUUAUCCAGCCUUGUGACGCCCCAGAUCCCGACACCUCUCCAAUUUCUAGGCAACGAGAUCAACCGCCCCUCCAAGAAGACGACAUCACGCAGCGCAGCAUUUCAGCCCAAAAUUUAAGCACACAAUUUUUGGAGCAGCCUUAUGAUUCAGUAACUGGACAUCAGUAUGAAUUUGACGAUAACUUUGAUGAUGACUCCUGGGGUUUGGGAAAUAUGGCAUCCGCAGCGCCAUAUACACCUCACACCGUAGCUCCAUUGAGUACCAGCUCUUGCGUCCUUUAUCCUCCAUCAAGUCAGAGCAAAUCUGUCAUAGCCGAUGGAAAUAUUUCUCAAGAAAAUUUUACUUCUCUAUCGCUACUCCCUAAGGCGUAUUGGGAAUCGUAUACCCAAUCUGCAGCGUCAGAUUUUGGCCAAUCUAAUCUCAACACCACGAAUCCCCCGAAGAUAGGCACGCGUUUCUCUAGAGAAUCAUCCAAAUUAUUAAUAAAGUGGUUUGAGGACCACUAUAGCUAUCCGUAUCCAAGUAAAGAAGAAACAGAAACACUACAACAUCAGACUGGUCUAUCUAAAACGCAGAUAAAAAACUGGCUCGCUAAUACUAGGCGGCGAGAAAAGAUGCACCAAAGCAUCAAAUCUUCCCGGAAGGCAACAGCUGAAAUCAAUUUCGAUAUAGUAUCGAUAGAUAUGCCCAAACGACCUGAUACACCUACAGUCCAGACAAGGCGUAAUCACCAUACUAUGGGACCUCUUGAACGCUGGGUUGACUCCCCCCCGGAGAGUGAGCCUGCAACAGUCACUGCUAUUGCCAAAGCAGUCAAAAGUGCUAAAUCGUCACGAAGUUGGCCGCUGUCGAAAUCUAUAGACGAUGGGUCCGGUCGGUCUAUCAACGAGACGUCAGACAAUAGCUAUGGGACAUCUAGUGGUAGUUCACUUGCUUCCAUAUACUCCUAUGGCUCCAGCGACUCUUUCACGGGGGGCGCAGCUCUAGUGCGUAGCAGGUCACGUCGUCGAAGACGAAGGCUACUGCCAAGGCCGAGGAGAUCUCUUAUGCGCAACAAACAGCAUCCAUUCCAAUGUACCUUCUGUGCCGAAUCAUUCAAAACUAAAUACGACUGGCAGCGGCAUGAAAAGACUCUUCACAUACCUCUUGAGCGGUGGCUAUGCUCUCCAGACGGACCGCGCGCCAUCGACAGCGAAACUGGCCAGCUAGUGUGUGUCUUCUGCGGUAUUUCGGAGCCAAACGAUAGCCAUAUAAGUGGCCAUAACCCGAAUUCUUGCCAAGAACGAAGAUUUAAUAGGAAAGACCAUCUUAAACAACAUUUACACCUCGUACACAAGUCGAAACUGAUAGACGCGAUCACGGAGGGCUGGAAAACGUCCACUACAAUAAUUCGAUCCCGUUGUGGAUUUUGUGGGGCCCAUCUGGACUCGUGGAAUGACCGAGUUGAGCAUUUAGCUGACCAUUUUAAAAUGGGCAAGACUAUGGAUAAUUGGACGGGUGACUGGGGUUUUGAAGACGCCAUCACAGAUACACUUGAAAACGCAAUUCCACCUUAUCUUCUAGGUGAAGAGAGAAAUAGUCCGUUUCCGUUCGAAGCAAGUGAUAUUUCACCAGAAUCCCCUCGUACUGCAUACGAACUACUCGUCGUAGAGCUCUCAUGCUUUGUUGAAACUCAUCAAGAAAAGACUGGGCAGAUUCCUGGUAAUGACGCCAUGCAACUCGAAGCUUGCCGCAUUAUUUUUGCCUCCGAGAUAUCAUCGUUAGAAAUAGACACCAAACCCUCAUGGCUGCGUGACCUAGUCCUGUCGAACGAGAUUAUUACUACUCAAGCGCAGUUUCUUCCUAUACGAACACCAUCUGAGGGAAGGCUUCGAACACUAGAGAUUAGGGGAAAGAAAACACUAUUUGAAGAAUGUUCUCUUGAAGCGCAACUUCAUAAUUUCGUUCUUACCGAGGCUAUGGUCAAUCAAAGCGCCAUAUCCAAUGCAAUAUUGCAAGUCGAGGCUUGUAAAAUACUCAUACAAAUGCAACACAGCUUAAACCUGUCCUUAUCUGAUUUUGUGUACACGUGGUUUAUGGCGCUACUUCAAUCUUCCUCGACUGACUGGCUCAGCCACUUUAGGCGACGUGCGUAUCUUCCCGCCGCUCAAAGUAGUAGCUCGCCUACAUUUCCGGCUUUGAUCGGGCAUCGGACCUCAUGGACUGCAUCUGGUGCAAUUCUGGACCCCCCAUAUAUUGAUACUAACGAGUUUGACGCUCUCAGAAUAUUUAAAGAAGAGGCUAUCAAUGGAAUUGGGCCAAAUAAUAAACCUUUGCUCAAUGAACCAUGCUUGGCUUGGCAUGGACAGAUGCCGAUGAGUUCCGGGGCCAUCAUGCUGUCAUCAUCCCAGUCAUUUAUUCCAUCCAAGGCGCCGUUACUGGACGAAGAACUCUUCACCCGCAGGCGGUUAAGUUCUGGAGUAGCGGCCAAUCCCGUUUCAGAAGCAAGCAGAAGAUCGUUCCCUUUAACUCAAGCUGAUGGCCUUCAAAUGGGAUCUUAUAGGCUCCAUGAUCCCAAUUUUUACAAGUGGUUGGGCCGGGAGCUGGGCCGCUGGGUGACUUCUAUCAUGUCUCCAAAUAACCCAAAUUGCCAUAUACCGUCCGACAAAGAGAUUCAACAUCAUGCUCGGUUCUUGAUGUAUGAUGACGAUGACCCAUGGAAUCAGACGGUAGCGGAUAACUCAGAAUGGUUGCACCGUUUUAAAGUGGGUGUUGGCAUUGUUACAGAAUAG